AUGUCAGGUGAAGUUCGAUGUCGAAUAUGCAAUGGAGUCUGUCCGCCCGCUAGGAGAUAUGUACUUUACAAUGCAGAAAAUGAUUAUACAUCAACAGCGAUGCUGUUUUUCAAGGCAUAUGGUCUGUCUAUUAGACGAGACAAGCCUGGAUUGUCUCGCCAAUGUUGUCGAAAUUGCCGAAAUAAUGCGAAUAGGGCCGUCGAGAAAAUUAAAAGUUAUAAGGAAAAUAUUAGUCCUCGAGGGAAAAGAAAAACAAUACCAUCCUCGCCAAAUUCGAUUAGAUCUCCACCAUCGAAAACAUCGAGACCUAACGAAAGAAAUUGUAGAUUUUCAGCCAGAUCAUUGCAGUUUUCCAACGACAAAGCACAGGUACGACGACGUUAUUUAAAUUUUAUUAUAAAAAGACCAGUCUUUUGCCGAAGAAAUAUGCAACUAUGUAUAUACUAA